UUUCUCUCUUGAUCAGUAUAUAUAGAAGCAAGUACAGUGAUGUCCGUCCAUAGCAAAGGAAAGGCGCCAAACAGCAGCAUGUGCGUGACGGCGUUUCUCGUGGUGGUCAUGGCGGCCGCAGCAACGGCUGACAGUGAGGAAGUGCCUGACGUCGUCUUCAGCACGCCGACCCGGGGUCUCGUGGACAGCCUCAUUGGCGGGGGCAUUGUGGAUGCCCAUAUAGGAAUUAGCACGGGUCAUGGUAGUCAUGGUCAUUAUCCAGGAGGCCACUAUCCAAGUGGUCACUACCCAGGAGGUCAUUAUCCGGGAGGCCAUUAUCCCGGUCAGGGAGGCCAUUACCCCGGUCAGGGAGGCCACUACCCAGGUCAGGGAGGCCACUACCCCGGCCAGGGAGGCCACUACCCAGGUCAGGGAGGCCACUACCCCGGCCAGGGAGGCCACUACCCCGGCCAAGGAGUGUGCAACGUGUGGUGCCGUGGGCCCAACAACAAAAGGUAUUGCUGCGGACGAGACGCCACUCAGGGUCAAGGCGUUAGACCGGGGUCCUGUCCCGUUGUGCGAGUCAGUUGUCCCCCGACCAGCUUCGGAGUCAGUCGGCCCAACUCCUGCGUCCACGACGGACAGUGCCUGUCGGGUGCUGACAAGUGCUGCUACGACGUAUGUCUUGGGCAUCAAGUGUGCAAGCCUGCUUUAUCAAGCUUUGGUCGCUAGAAACUAUUUUUGUUCUGAACGACACUUCGGCCACUGGCAACAGUAUCAUUAUUUAUUUAUGCCGGCAUCCUUGUGGCCACGUGCCUUCACUUCUGCAUCCAGGCAUGUUGACGUUAAAUACCGUUAUAAUUUAUUGACAAAGAAACGUUCAAAAUCUACUAAAA